AGGAGAAUAAAAAGGGCCGCUGCGCAGUCACAAUACUAGACAACACAUCAGACACUUUAUUGAAGACCAGACGGGAGACAAAAACAAACCUGUAUCUUACAACAUUUAACGUUCUUCAACAUAAAGUCAGAACUAUCAUUUUCUUUCGGCGUUGUUGAUUUUGAAACGGUCGAGAAUGCCUUUUCUAGGACAGGAUUGGCGGUCCCCGGGUCAGAGCUGGGUUAAAACUGAAGAAGGAUGGAAAAACUAUUCUUUAGACGAAAAAAACAGCAAUGACUCAGACGUGAGCUAUUGUAAAACAGAGGACGAAUGCUUCCAGGAGAAUCUGCGGCUGUCUGUUACAUACGACAUGGCAGCUAAGAAGAGAAGGAAAGACUUCAUGAACAACAACGCAAAGAUUCCCUAUUUCCACAAAGAGAAAUGGAUUUACGUUCACAAAGGAAGCACUAAAGAGCGUCAUGGUUACUGCACUCUGGGAGAAGCGUUCAACCGGCUGGACUUCUGCAGCGCCAUCAAGGACAACCGGAGGUUCAACUAUGUCGUACGGGUCUCUUGCUCGCUCUCUUCUCUUCCUUGCUUCACCUUUCUCUCUCUGCACAAGAGGCUCUUUGGAGAUAUUCUCUUAACUCACAGCGGCCUGUGA